AUGAAAAUAAUAACCAUUUCACAGAUAUCAUAGAUGAAAACAACAUUGAUGCAAAAAUAAUCGAACCAAAAAUUAUCUAUGAAGAAGAAGAUGAUGAGGAACGUCAUUCAGAUCCCACUUAUACCAGCAAAUCAAUAAACACAAGAGAGAUUACGCGUAAAUUAUCAGAAUUAAACAUUAGCAGAUAUAAUGACAGCCAACUUAAAUCUUAUAUUAGCAAAACUAUUGACACAGUUGAU